ACUAAGAUAACUCAAAUUAUGAUUCAUCAUUCAUUUUUCGUGUUUAAUUUACGUUACAAUUACGAUCGUAUAGCUAGGAUUCAAUGAGUUUUAAAUACUUAUUAUAAUUUAUUAAUUACAUAUUCGUAGCUUGUAUGUUUGGCUUACCCAUAGGCCUUACCAUAGCACGGUAAAGGAAGAAAACAUUAGCUCAAGGUGCUGAACACUGAUACUGACAUGAGCAACAGGAGAGCUACGCAUGCAGGCUCCUGGUACACAGACAAUUCUCGAGAACUUGAACAACAACUACAGAAGUGGCUGGACAAGGCGUCAGGACCACAUUCCCCUGCCCGAGCUAUUAUAGCUCCGCACGCUGGUUAUACAUACUGUGGGGCAUGUUCUGCCUUUGCUUACAGACAGGUUGACCCAGUCAGUGUGAAGCGUGUAUUUAUCCUUGGCCCAUCACACCAUGUGCGCCUCUCUAGUUGUGCUCUGUCAUCCUGCUCUACCUACAAAACUCCAAUAUAUGAUCUCAACAUUGACCAGCAAGUUUAUGAUCACCUCAAGGCGACGGGUUCAUUUGAGAUGAUGUCACGCUCCACAGACGAACAGGAACACAGCAUUGAGAUGCAGUUGCCUUAUAUUGCAAAAGUCAUGUCAAGGUAUGCGGGGUUAUUCACUAUUGUGCCAGUGCUCGUCGGAUCUCUGCCUGUGGAGCGUGAACAGGAGUAUGGGGAGAUCUUUGCUCAUUACCUUGCCAAUCCUGAAAACCUAUUCGUCAUCUCCUCGGAUUUCUGCCACUGGGGCAGAAGAUUCAGGUAUACACACUAUGACCAGUCCCGUGGAGAGAUCUACCAGUCCAUCGAGCAUCUUGACAGAAUGGGAAUGGACUUUAUAGAGAAGAUCAAUCCAACUGGCUUUGCAGACUACCUGAAAACCUACCAAAACACUAUAUGUGGAAGACACCCUAUUGGAGUCUUACUUAAUGCCCUUGAUACAUUGCGUCGUAACAACACUAAUGGACAGAGACAGACGCUGAGAUUCCUCAAGUACGCACAGUCUAGUCAGUGCACCAGCUUGAAUGAUUCAUCAGUCAGCUACGCAUCAGCAGUCCUCAACAUGCAGUAGUCGCUACUGACGUCGCUGCCGUGGGUUAUCAGACAUCGCGCCUUCCCGUGCAUUUCUGGACUUUUCUGAAUUGCAGAUGGGUUAUUGUAAUACAUUUGUAUAGCCGUCAGAUGCUCGAUCUCUAAUUUUGAUAGUGUACUGUCUUCUGGUAUGUCUCUCAAAAGGUUUAAGAGAAAGACCACCAGUAGACACCAGUAGACCUUGUUUUUUUGUACAUUGUUGUCGCGUAUGAACCUUUACUAAGUUGACAAUGUCAUGGGGUGAAUUUCCUUUGUCGAGUACGCAGACAUGCAUGUCGGUCGUGGCCUUUGCCCUCAGUGAUGCCAUCAAGCUUUCAUUAUAAGAAGCAGUUUCUACAAUACAUUGUAUGUUUGUAUUGCUUCAUUUGUGUAAAAACCCACAAGAAACUCCCUUUAUCUCCCCCCAAUUUGUCGAAUGUGAGGGAUGCAUGAUAAAGCGUGGAUGCCUUUGUGCAAAACAUGCUACGAUUCACGCUUUUUGCCCAAAUUCAUGUAUCAUGGUAUCAGGACUAGGUUAGACUCUCUACCUCUGAUGGUAUGAUACAUCGUUUAUGAUCCGUCAUUGAAUGUACUGCGGGAAAUAAUGUUGCCUAUAGGAAGAUUUCCGCAUGUGAAACCUCAUCGUGACAAGAGACGGAUCUUGUGGUCAGAGAAACAUUGCUAUUGUAGUGCAGUAUAGAAAAUUAACGUGUUACGGAAGAGCACGUACAGAAUAGUGUACAAUAUCGUUAUAGAUAAAAAAAAUAUCGUGACGACAAGUUGUGAAGCACGUGGCUAGGAAAUGUAUUUUAACGUUCGUUUAAUCACUGUGCUGCAGUAAUUCACAUCAUAAACGGUCUGUUAUAAUUUGACGGCACAAUAUUUAUAGGUGAACUGUGUUACACUGUAGGAUGCUGGUUUAAUAAGCAUGAGAUGCACGAUAAAUAUUUAGUUAGGAAUUCGAGUGUGAACGCAGUGAUAUUUUUGGUUGCUAGACAUUUAUCAUCUGUGUUUAUAAGUCGUUAAAAAAUUGUCAGGUAGAUGUGCAGGUGGUGAUGUUGGUUGCAUGCCUUAUAUCAAAUCACCUGACCUGGCACAAGUGCCUGUAUGUACCUUUUCUAUGUUGGAAUUUUCAGUGACUGCAUCGGCAUUCAGUCCCAUGUAAAACAAUUUUUGUGGAGUUGCACGGGUUUGGGGCGACCGACCUUAGCACGAACAUCUGCACGAUAAAUGCAAGGUGAAAAAUUAGCCAAAUUGCACUGUUACGCUCAGGUCUGAGAUCUGCAAUGUUGUCAUUCUGUAAACACCCAAACGUUUUCCCAAGUGAAAGCCCUGCUCUUAGAAAAGAAACAUGCACACACUCGUGGCAAAUAUAAAUGCAAUACAUACAGAUAGAGCUUGAACUUUUUCAUUGUUAUCAUUGCGUUAUUAAGAAAAUAUACAAGCUAACGGGAUGCUAAGUGAACCCUCACGCAGGAAGCGAAAGUGACCAAAAAUGUUUUUGUGGACGUUAUUUAUACAGUGUGCAGCCAACACAUUUUGACAGAUCAACUUGGCAGUGAACCACUGUAAUGGUUUCUGUUCCGCAUGCGCUUCGGUUCAGAGGCGGUAUUAUCAUGGGUGCCUGUGUAGUAUUUGGUAGAAUUAAUUCAUUCUCAAAAUCAAAUGAUCGUCAAAUUGACACGAGUUCCUCCUCAUAUGUGACUCACCGUUUCAUUGAACAUUUCUCCGACAUCUGCUCCCAAACGUACCUGAAUGUUUGUAAAUUUAGUCUAUUGACUUUGACUGGGCAUAUAUCUAUUCCUCAUGAACGGUUGUCAGAACAUUCCUACUUUUAAAAACUAUAUGCCUGACCUUUAUCGUAUUGUAAUCACGAGUUAUCCUGAAUCACGUUUUCUAACUUUUUGACACCAAUUUGAUACUUGGUUUCGUACGUCCUGAACCUUGUUGUUUUGUUUGAAUAUAUCAAUUGAAAAAUAUUGAGGAAUUGUAUUUCAUUUCGGACCAAUUUUGGAACAGCAUUCGCAUCCUUGACGCGGCAUGCAACUUUCUUGCUUUUUAUGGCAGUCGGCAUCAAGGUAAAGUAUGAGUUAAUGUUGUUCAUGAUCAUUGUGUACGUUUAUAGCCAGAUAGUCACGUUUGAGAUUUGCUAUUUAAUUAUCAGUGCAAAUAGCGUUUUCACGGUAACUAAAUGAAUUGAGAAUCACGGCUAUUUUUAAGACGAAAUUGUGAAGGGAUAACAACAAGUACCGUAAUUAACAAAUCCUGCAGAGUGCCUGCGACAUUGCUGCUAUUACUAUUGCUACUUCGAAAAUAACCUCUGCUGCCCCUACUAGGCUACUCCUGAUAUCAAUUCUGCAGCCACCGCUGCUACUAAUACUGCUAUUGCUGGUAUAACUUCUGCUGCCGCUAUUGUUGUUAUAGGUCCUACCGUUGUAACAUUUUAUGUUAGUUUGGCUUCAGCUUUUAACGUUACUUACUAUACAGUUUAAUUGGGGUUCAUUUAUGCUACAUAUCGGUAUUUACUGUUCAAUACCAACAUAUCUAAACAUCUAUCUAAACAAUAGAUUUAAAAAAAUCCGAUUUUUUAACA